CUCCAAUCUGGAUCGAGGCGGCAGCAGGAAGAAGAAGAUAGAGGAUUUCUCUAGGUCUUCUCGAGAAAAGCUAGUCCAAUCCAAGAACAAAAUGUUUUCCAAAUUUACGUCCAUCCUCCAACAUGCAGUCGAAGCGCUGGCCCCUUCACUGCCCCUGCAAGAGGACUUUGUUUUUCAUUGGAAGGCCAUUACACAUUAUUACAUUGAGACAUCUGAUGAUAAAGCUCCAGUUACAGACACAAACAUCCCAUCUCACCUGGAACAGAUGCUGGACAUCCUGACCCAGGAGGAGGCUGAGCAUGAGUCUGGAGAAACGGGGCCCUGUAUGGAGUAUCUACUGCACCAUAAAAUACUAGAGACUCUGUACACUCUGGGCAAGGCGGACUGCCCUCCUGGAAUGAAACAACAGGUGCUCACUUUUUAUACAAAGCUUUUGGCACACAUCCGUCAGCCUCUUCUUCCACACAUAAAUGUCCAUAGACCUGUACAGAAACUGAUCCGUCUGUGUGGGGAGGUACUUGCUGCACCAACAGAAAAUGAGGAGAUACAAUUUCUUUGCAUAGUCUGUUCCAAACUCAAGCAGGACCCAUAUCUCGUCAACUUCUUUCUUGAGAACAAGUUGAAAAGACCUGAGUCUCUGCCUCCUGGCGGCAGACAGGGAGGUAAAGAUAAUGCUUUAUCCCCUGACACUGGCCAAGCUCAGACGCCUGAAAAACCUGAAGAGCCACAGGCGGCUUCUGCUGCUGCUGCUGCUACUUCUGCUGCUGCUGCUUCAAGUCCAACCAGGAACAAUAACAACAGCAGCAACUACAACCUGGUCACGUCACUGCUCAACCUCACCAAGAGCCCUGAUGGCAGGAUAGUAGUGAAAGCAUGUGAGGGCCUGAUGUUGCUGGUGAGUUUACCUGAGCCGGCUGCAGCCAAAUGCCUGACAGAGAGCACAGAGCUGUGUGAGCUGCUCACAGAUCGACUGGUGUCCUUCUACAAAGCUCUCCCUCAGUCCAUCGACCCUCUGGACAUCGAGACUGUGGAGUCUGUCAACUGGGGUCUGGAUGUGUAUAAUCUCAAAGAAGAUGCUGCUGUCUUCACUGGCAAACGCGCUCUUAUUUCCUUCCUGUCUUGGCUGGAUUACUGCGACCAGCUCAUCAAAGAGGCCCAGAAGUCAGCAGCGACUGUCAUGGCCAAAGCUGUGAGGGAGCGGUUCUUUGUGGCGGUGAUGGAGCCUCAGCUUAUGCAGACGUCUGAGGUGGGCAUCCUGACCUCCACGGCUCUCCUGAACAGGAUCAUCAGACAGGUCUCCUCUGAGGCACUGAUGCAGGAGAUGGUUUAUUUUCUUUUGGGGGAAGAGAAGGAUCCCGAGACGGCCGCCACCAUCACACAAAACCCACUCAGACACAGACUCAUAGAGCACUGUGACCACCUCUCGGAUGAGAUCAGCAUCAUGACCCUGCGACUAUUUGAGCAGCUCAUCCAAAAACCAAACCAACACAUCCUCCAUAACCUUGUGCUCCGAGUUCUGGAGGAGAGGAACUACCUGGAGAAUAAACCCCAGGAUGAACGAGAACCAAUAGAGAACGGGCAGCCCCAUGACGCCGUAGACCUGGAGGAGGACCCGUUGUUCGGUGAUGACCUCUCUCCCGACAGCCGGUUGUCUGGCUCUGAUUGGCUGAGCACGUCGCCCCCGCUGAGUCCGGACCACUCAAAAUCAGAGGGCAAAACGGAGGUUCAUAAGAUAGUUAACAGUUUUCUGUGUUUGGUGCCUGAUGAGGCAAAGUCGUCUUAUCACGUGGAAGGCACAGGCUACGACACCUACCUCAGAGAUGCACACAGACAGUUCAAAGACUACUGUGGCGUGUGUCUGCGCUGGGACUGGAGAGGACACCCUAAACCUCUAGAAAAGUGUAAUUUAGAGUUACCGUUUUUUGAGGGGCACUUUUUGAAGGUGUUGUUUGACAGAAUGGGACGUAUCCUCGAUCAGCCGUAUGACGUAAACCUGCAGGUGACGGCGGUGCUAUCCAAACUGUCUCUGUUACCACACCCACACCUGCAUGAGUACCUCCUGGACCCCUACAUCAACCUGGCCCCAGGCUGUAGGUCUCUCUUCUCCGUCAUCGUCAGGGUGGUGGGUGAUCUGAUGUUGAGGAUCCAGAGAAUCCCAGACUUCACGCCCAAACUGCUGCUCGUGAGGAAGAGGCUGCUGGGACUGGAGCCAGAGGGACUCAACAUCGACCACAUGACUCUCCUGGAGGGCGUCAUCGUGCUGGAGGAGUUCUGCAAAGAGCUGGCCGCCAUCGCCUUCGUCAAAUACCACGCCACGGCCUCAUCCUCGCCAUAACCCCUCGAAAAGACCCUGUCAUAGACCAAAAUCUGUGCUUCUCUGUCUGCCCCAAGAGAGAGACAGGUCCUCACCACUGGGGGGCGCCCUACAGGUGUCCAACAUGUGCUGCUCUGCCUCAGGUGGGGUAAGGUGCAACAAAAUGUACCACAGAGAAAGUUGCUCACCUUUUAAAGAUGGCUGGGAGAGCUUAUAAGUUUGUGGUCUUGUGAUACAUAUUUUGGACUAUCCUGGGUCUAAUAUGCAUACUUAUAACAUCUAGAACUUCAUCAAGGACUAAACCAGGACUACGCUCUGGUCCACAAGUUCAGGUUUUGUCAUUUGGUAUUUGAUUUCUAUGGAAAAUCGUAGCCAAAACACUGCCCAGUCUAAAGAUUUGAAGAUGUUAAAAAUAUUUGAGCAAAAUCAGGCGUAUGGGACCGUUCUGGUACUGCCUCUGUCCGCCAAAAGAGUUAUCAUUUUUAAAUAGACACCUGUAUUUAUUUCCUGUCCAGUCUUCAUCGCCUUAAUGUGGACACUUCAUCGUUUUAAGACUGUUCCCUUUUUGAAAAUAUUUUAACAAGACCCCAUCUGUGUCGACUGUUUGACAAUAAGAGAAAAAAAACAAUAUGUACCCGUAGUUACAUAACACUUUUAAAUGUCAUUUCUUAUUUAUUGUACCUUUUGCUUUCAGGAUGCCUUUAAAAAUAAUGUUGAGAAAUUAUUGUAAUAGCAGAAUCUAUUUUUUGUUUCAGCGUUUGUGUUUGCGUCAUCCAAAGAUCUCACCAUCGAAAUGUGUCACAUCCAGAGAAACAUAUUCAAAUCUAUAAAGUGGUAAAGAUAAAUACUACCAGUUUUCUUAUAAAAUAAUGAUUACAGAAAAAGAUUUGGGUUCUUAUUUGAAAAUAUGCUUGUAGACUUCAGCUAAACCUGUUUUAAAUUCGGGUUGUUCACCAAUUUAACCACGUCACAGUCUUCCACGUAACAGUGAUUGAAAGAAAAAAUUAUAAUAAUGUUAAAGAUGCACUUCAUAAUCUUUCUACUAAGGCUCCAUCGCCAAAUUAUUAUUGUUUACUCAAUUAUAGGUGUUUUUAUUUCUCAAAAAUAUAUUUAAAAACACGCAUCCUUACAGUGAGUGGGGUUGCCUUUCCAAAAAUCUGACCCGUAAUUUGGCAAAAAAAAAAAAAAAAAAACUCCUUCUUUUCACCUUGAACAAAUACUGAAUGUCAAUCUCCAUGGUAACAAGCAGGUGGUUGGUCCUCACCCAGAAAAGUUCCACAGUGCAUCUUUAAUCUUAUCUUGAAUGGUUUCUCUGGAUGUCGAUCAAAGAAAUAAUUACUUUGUGCACAACCACUUUUUACUUUGUUACAUUUUUGGUUUUCGUUCAAGGAAAACUUAUAUUUUUCCUGAUUCUUUAUUUUUUUGCAGUUUUCGCCAGUGUUUAAUCCAAGGGACUCUCUUGUGCGUCUUAUAAAUAGUCUUAUUCUAAUAUAUUAUUUUAUCAUUACAGAGAUACUGCGUUUAACAGUAUAAACUUGGUCUUAUUUACCAUAAGUAUUACAUUUAUCAUGAUUUUGGAUGAUAAUAUAUAAAGGGUGCUGUGUGUCGCUGAUUCACUUGUUUUCGGUUGUUUCGUCAAAAAAAGUAAAUGUUGAAUGUAUUAACAGGAGACUAAAAUUGUGUGGGGAAAUUUGAAGUUGGGUUGUAUGAAGUGAACUGUUUAAUCCUUCAAAUUGAUGAUUCUGCGCUAAAAAGUUACCAACGAAGGAGAAACGUGAAGCUACACUCAGCUCGGAAAUUACUAAUAGAUGACAUUAUAAUUUUCCAAAUAUUGGUCUGUAAUUUCAAAAUGAUUUUGGAUUAGUUUUCACACUGGAUGACCUACCUUAAGCUUUUUCAUUAGUCCUGAGGCUGUGGCAUAAAUUAGUUUCAUUUAAUAGCAUUUCUGGAUUUGUAAGAUAUGAUCUCAGUAUGAAUCUAAUCUAUAAACAUUUGUCCGUAGGAAGUUUUUAAAAAUAACUUGCACUAUGUAGCUUUUCUGAUGGGGAGAUGUUCUCAUAGUGAUGUUUCUAUGUCAGGGAUAAUUCACAGCAUGACACUGAACUUCUCUGUUACACAUGUGGCUCAAAAACUAUUUAAAAAAAAUGUGAGCUGGGGCUGCCUCUCCAGGGAUUUGACCUGUAACUUGGCCUGGUGACAUCGUCGUGGAGACAAAUAUGUUUAAUGCUAUACUUUACCACAUGGUGACCCCUCUGCCAGAAAGGUUACAUAGUGCUGCUUUAACAAGAAACCUGAACUGUAGGGCUGAGUUUCGUUAAGAAGUUACCGAUACGAUACGUACCUCGAUACAUAAGCCACGAUAUCUAGUACAGUGAGUAGGGAUGUAACCAUAACCGAAAUAUUGUGAUAUCGUAUCGUCAAAGUUCUCACAAUAAUAUCGUGGACCAUCACAAUAUAUCGAAUUACAAGUCUCUUUGCUUAAAUUAAGAGUUAUUUUAGCUAUUGGUGCAGCAAUAGCUAAAAAAAGACAGGGAACUACAUAGACCAUGAUCCUUUGCUCCAUUUUAGUGCAGACUAUAAGAAGAAAUAACAGUUCUAAGCACUUUUAAGUCUUAGUUCUUUGGAUUAAGCCUUGUCAAGGCAUUUUAAGAGAAAAAAUUAGAAUAUUAACAGUUUUGUUAGCCUCCACAAAAUAUCGCAGUAAAUAUCAUACCGUGAGGUUCAUACCGUGACAAAAUCGUAUCAUGAGACUUGGAUAUCGUUACACCUCUAUAAGAAACACAAACAUUUUAUUCAUCAAAACAGCGAAAAUGUCAAAUGUGUCGCACAAACAAGUUUCCUUCCACUAAAGAAAAAACAAAACUGUAGCGCUGUAACAAAAUAAUUGAGUAAAAUAAGCCAAAAAAUACUCUUGGUGAUAUAUUGAUACAGCAGUCCCCAAUAUCGAUACUGUAUCAUCACAUUAAACAAUACGAUAUAUUUCAAUUAGGGCUGUAUAUCAUUAAGAAGCUACCGAUACGAUACAUACCUCGAUAUAUUGGCCACGAUACGAUACAUAUCUCGAUACAGUGCACUUUCGGUUUGAAACGAUAUAUUUCAAAUCGAUUUGAUAUGGUUUAAUAAAAAAAUAAAGGUUAAAUCAUGGCUGUGAUACUAAAAGUCUCUGUUGAACCACUUCUUUUGCAAAGUUCAUAAGAAAUACAAACAUUUUAAUCAUCAAAACAGUGAAAAUGUCAAAUGUGUGGCAUAAACGAGUUUUCUUCCACAAAACUGUAGCACUGUAACAAAAUAAUAUACCAAAAAAUACUCUUGGUGAUAUAUCGAUACAGCAGCCCACGAUAUCGAUACUGCAUCAUCACAUUAAACGAUACGAUAUAACGAUAUUUUGAUAUUUUUGCACAGCCCUACUGAACUGCACAGCUAAUCAAAAACAUGUUCACAAUCAUGUGUUUUUAAAGCGCCUCAGCAGCUCUAGGUAACAAGUCUCUCCAAAUACAUUAUGCAACCCCACUUCAAAACCCUAUUCUCUCCUCUAUUAUGUCAAUGCCUUUGUGUGUCAGUGUGAAUGCUUUCGUCUCAGAUUCUGAAUGCUGGAGUUUUGUCUGUCAUUUUAAUCUUUUGUUUAAAAAAAAGAAGAAAAAAAUCCAUAAUUCACUAUUUCGUCUCUGUUCCUCUCCACCCGUCACUCACGCACCUACGCCGCAUAUGCAACAAUCCAAUUUGCACAUCUUGUAAAUAACCAUCGUGAAAGCUUUUGUUUCUUUCCCCAAAUUAUUAUUUUUUCAUAAACCAAAAGAUAAAGUGUAAGAGUGACGCGUCUAUUUUUAACUUUUUAAAUUGAAUCAUGCACAUUUUGUAAUCUUUCCAAUGGUCGUGUACAGUUGUAUAUUGUAACGUGUACAAUAGCAAUAUAGAAAAACUACCUGGUGUAAAUGCAUGCCCAUACAUUAUUUUUCUUUGUGUAAAAAGAGAAAAUUGUUGACGAUUUAAUGCCUUAUGACACUGUGGAUCUUUGAAAUUUUGUAGAUUUGAAAUUUUUGUUCUUGUUGCUUCUGAAAUAUAAUUUGCUUUGUGGUUUA